GGGGCCUUGUCCCAACGCCAGCCCAGGGGGGCAUGAAUUGGGGAGCCCCAGCUGCCCCCACGCCCUGCCGGACCCCUACAUGGACGCCGAGGUGCAGGAUGGUGCUGAGGCACUGUCAGAGGGAUGUUCGCUGGCCGAGGUAUCGGAGGGGCCCCCGGCGCAGUGGACGGUGCCAGAGGUGUGCGCCUGGCUGGGUGUGCGGCACAGGGACGGGGACCUGGCGCAGCUGGCGGCCGAGCACGCGGUCACCGGCCGGGCCCUGCUGCGACUGACCGAGGGGACCCUGCGGCGCAUGGGGGUCGCCCCCCGCAGCCGGCGCCGGGAGCUGCUGCGGGAGCUGCUGGGGCUGCGGCUGCAGCAGGAGCUGGAGGAGCUGCUGAGCAUCGCCGGGGGUGAGCAUCCCCCGUAGCGCAUCCACGGGGGGCACCGGCUGUGACGACGCCGGGGGGGGUCCCCCCAGAUGGACUGUGGUCACCUCUGUCCCCAGAGUGACGUGGACGAGAGCUUGUGGGCAGGGAGGAGAUGCCAUGGGAUGACAAAGCGGCGGCUGGAAUUAAUUAAGAACGCAACAUGGCAACGGUGCUGGAAGGAGUCCCGAGGCCACCGUGUCCCCCAGAAAAGCCCAAACCUGGCUGGCAGGGCAGGGCUGCACGAGGAGAAGGUGUCUGCCCUCGCCCCUCGCCCCGUGAGCCACCCGCUGCUGGGUGACACCGGCUCCCACAAGGUGCCACUGCGCCCUGCGGUGUGUGGCAAUAACGCAGCAGGGACCGUCCCCAGCCACCGCAUCCUGCUGCAACCCCAGGGUGUCAGGGAUACAGAGAGGGGACACGGAGGUGUCACACCUUCCUUGGCUGUGCGUGGGAGCAGCACAUUGAUGGGGGACCCCCCACGAAGGAGGUGCCAGGGCACCCUCUGCCUCCGACCCCGGGGCUGGCGGGAUGCACAGAGCAACGGGGCAGAGCUGAGGGCCUCAAUAAACGUGGCUGGAGCCGUGAAACCA